AUGAAAAGAAAGUUUGUCACACCCUUCAAGAAUCCACCCCCACCAAAGGCUGAAGACAAAUCGAGUGCAACACCAACAACAACCGAUGUAGCUAAAUCUUCACAAUCAAAUGCUAGUCAAGAUGUUCCGAAGGCUAAUUCAACAACUACAACAACAGCAAAGAAAAAGUUUGUCCCACCAACAAGAACAAAGCCUUCAGAACCUACCUCUACCUCCAAUGCUAACAAUAAUAAUAAUAAUAGUUCAAAUAAUGAUGAAGAGGAGGGAGAAGUGUGGAUGGUCAUGCAUACAAAGAAUUCAAAUAAGAAACAUAAAACAUUUGAUGAUGGUUUCUUAUUGAUAAGGAACAAAAAGUACACAUUGUUUGAUUCACAGGGAAAACAAUUGAUUGCCAAGUCUGUUUCUAAAGUAGAAACUUUCCGAGAAAAUGAUCAGCUCACCCUUGGAACUAAACUAGUUGAUUUUCAAUCCAAGUUGAAAAUGGAGGAUUACAUUAGUGGUAGAAUAUUCCUUCAAUAUCAAUCCAAUAUCACAACACCUAAAGUUAAUACAAUAUCAUCAGCUGCCAAGACUGAAUUCAAACGUCAUACUACAUCCAAGACUGCAGGUUUAGGCUACAAUAACACAGAAGUUCAAGUUAUCAAGGCACCUGAAGGAGCCUACAUUUUGAAUGAAAAUCAUCCUGAAAAGGAUAAGAAUGGAAAGAAAUUAUCUGAUGUUUUUAUUGAUAAUUUUCUUGGAGAAAAUCUCAGACCUCAUCAAGUUGAAGGUGUGAAAUUUAUGUACGAAUGUGCCAUGGGAUUGAAAGAUUUUGUUGGAAAGGGUUGUUUGUUGGCAGACGAAAUGGGUUUAGGUAAAACCCUUCAAACCAUUACUUUAAUCUAUACAUUACUCAGAAGAGGUCCAUUUGGAUCACCAAUUAUUAAAAAGGCCAUUGUUGUAACCAAUUCAUCUCUCGUAAAGAAUUGGACCAGUGAAUUUGAUAAAUGGGUUGGAGAAGAUAAAAUCAAAGUAUUGACAGUUACUACCAAAACAGCUAAACAAUCUCCAUCCGAAACUUUAAAGAUUUUCAAAGCUGGCUACCAUCAAGUAUUAAUCAUUUCAUAUAAUCUCUGUACCAAUUAUGUGGAGGAAUUGCAAGAUUGUCAAUGUGAUAUACUUAUUUGUGAUGAAGGUCACAAGUUGAAGAAUGCUAAUAUUAAGAUUUUCCAAACUCUGAAAAAGAUUUCUACUCCAAGAAGAAUAGUACUCAGUGGUACACCUUUGCAGAAUGACUUGAAUGAGUUCUUUACCAUUUGUGACUUUAUCAAUCCUGGUUUGUUGGGUGAUGCAACAUCUUUCAAGAAUCUCUUCACUGAGCCAAUUAAAAAGAGUCAAGAACCAAAUGCUAAAAAACAAGACAAGGUUAUUGGUGAAAAUAGAUCCAAAGAGUUGAAUAAGAUUGUUUCUCAAUUUGUUUUGAGAAGAACCAACCUUUUAUUGAGACAACAUUUACCUCCAAAAAUGGAAAUUGUAUUAUUCUGUGGUAUGACUGAAUUACAAGAAAAUCUUUACAAACAUUUUGUACUCUCCAAAGCUCUGAGAGGUGUUAUUAAUGGUACUUUGGAUUCAAACAAUGCAUUGGCUUGUAUUAUGCACUUGAAGAAAUUAUUAGCACAUCCAAAUAUGAUCUACCCACAGGAAAACAAUGAAGAAAAAGAGGAAGAGGACAAUGAAUUAUUCGAUGAUAUUUGGACCCAAUCAAAAAAGCACUUCCCAUCUGACUACAAUCCAAACGACAAGAAAGAAUAUCAUUCCCAGUAUUCUGGAAAGCUACUUGUUCUUGAUAAUCUAUUGAGGGAAAUCAGGGAAGUUGGAGAUAGAGUAGUAAUUGUUUCUAACUUUAAAUCUAUUCUGAAUGAAAUUGAAAAAUUGUGUAAAAUAAGAGACUAUCCUUUGAGUAGAUUGGACGGAUCAACUCAAUCAGAAAAGAGAAUGGUAAUUGUAAAUAGUUUCAACUCACCAAAAUCAAAUGACUUUAUAUUCUUGCUUUCAUCCAAAGCUGGUGGUUGUGGUCUCAAUUUAAUUGGUGCUAACAGACUUAUUAUGAUAGAUCCUGAUUGGAAUCCAAGUAAUGACGAACAGGCCAUGGCUCGUGUUUGGAGAGAUGGUCAAAAGAAGAGUGUUUUCAUCUAUAGAAUGAUUGGUUGUGGUACUAUUGAAGAAAAGAUUUUCCAAAGACAAAUUGUCAAGACAGGUCUGUCUAAAUCUACCCUUGAUGAAAAGUCUCUCAAAUCUCAAUUUUCGAGUGAAAUGCUUAAAGAGCUGUUCAAAUAUGAUAAUGAUAUGGAUUGUAAAACAUACCCUGCGGAUAGUAACGACCUUGAUGCAAUUAAGGAAAAAGAUGAAGUUUUAGCUAAGGUGUUAGACGAGGAGGAUGUAAAGAUUCCUUUUGUCAAGAUUACAUUGGAUACUGAGGAUUCCAAAAAUCAAUCAAACGAAACAACCGAAGAAUCAAAUGUGGAAGACGAAGAAGAAUCCAGUGAAGAGGAUUCACUUGAAUCGGAUACAAAGAAGAGAAAGAUUGACAUGGAAGAAGGUGAGGAAGAGUUUAAAUUUAUUGACGAAGAUGAGGAUGAAUAA